AGAGGAUUGACUCUCCCACUGCAUUUUGUUUACAGGUUUGGAUUAUGGACUGGGACGGCAUCUGCUUCAAUACUGCAACCCUGAUUGCGGGAGUUUUCGUCCUCGACUAUGGUGCUGAUAAAUUCCUCGACCACACGGUUAUCGUGGGACAACGGUUGGGAAUCUCGCCAACUCUAAUCGCACUUUUGACUGCCGGCGCUGAAUAUGAAGAGCUUGCCGUUGUUGUCGCCGCAAUUGUUCAAGGCCACAGCCCUCUCGCCCUGGGCAAUGUGGUUGGAUCUGCCAUCUCCAACAUCCUGGGUGCCUUCUCAUUGGGAAUCCUCUUCCACCCAGGACAGAUGAAAUUCGAUAAGAGCGCAAAGAUUUACUCGGCGCUCCUUCUUUUCAUCACUACGCUCUUUGUGGUCUUAGCAUUCUUCAAUCAACUGAAUGAAGUAACUGGCGGGCUUCUUAUUGCGGGAUUCGCGAUUUAUAUCCUGUCUAUCGGUUAUGCCAUUUACAAAGGUGUAACAGAAGCGCCUCAACUGUCAGACAGUGAUAGUGACAGAGAAGAUGAUUUACCUAUCACCCAUAGUGAUGAUGCGGCUGGUCAGAAUAGCCAAGCGUCAAUUUCAGAGAACUCGCCCCUCCUGGCCAACACCACUUCAGAGCAGGGUCAAAAUAGUGUCAAGUCCGUGCGGUCACUCUUUUACCAUCUCUGUCAACUCAUUUUCGGUUUACUUGCACUCUCGCUGUCUGGUUACAUCAUUGCCCAUAGCGCCGGUGCUCUUACCCAGUCUUUGCAGCUAUCGGGCACCGUCUUUGGUUUGACGGUAAUUGCUUUUGCAACAACUCUUCCAGAAAAGUUUAUCUCGGUGCUUAGCGGCUCCAGAGGCCAAGGUGGCAUUAUUGUUGCGACGACGGCAGGGAGUAACAUAUUCCUACUAACGAUCUGCAUCGGCGUUGUUGCCGUCACCGGAAUACCAGUCAACCGUGCAGAUCACUUUGUUCUUUUCGAACUGGCGACUGUUUGGGUAUCUGCGUUGGGAUUGACCGCUAUCGUCUUUCUUGGAUCAAGUCGUAUUGCUGGGCUGGUGCUUCUCGCUGCCUACAUCCUCUUCAUAAUCCUCGAGUUUGCGGUGUACAAACGUUGAAUGCUCGAGAUUUUCAGACCGAGGGAGAUGCUGCAUGAUACUUGAACGCCAUAAAGCGACUCAGGGGUUUAUUCAAGAAGCACCCAGAAUUUGACAUUUUUCUUCAUGAUACUUGAUCUCUAUUAUUCACCGUAUUCUCCGCCUUCCUGACUCCAGCCACAGACGCACGGAUCUACCCCCAUAUUCUCGCAUUCCUCACGGUCGGCAUCCCCGGUU